AUGGCCACCAAGAAGCAGCUCAUCGCGAUCAAGGGUAUCACUGAAGCGAAGGCUGACAAGAUGAUAAAGGCGUCUCGUGAGAUGGUCAACGUGGGCUUUACGACGGCCUCCGACGUGCUCCAAAGUCGUAAGGACCUUAUCACCCUCACGACGGGCUCGACAGCGCUCGAUGAACUGCUCCGCGGAGGCUUCGAGACAGGCUCCAUCACCGAAAUGUUCGGCGAGUUCCGCACAGGGAAGACGCAGCUUUGCCAUCAAUUGUGCGUCACUUGCCAACUUCCCGUCGACAAGGGUGGAGGUGAAGGAAAGGCCUUGUACAUUGACACCGAAGGGACGUUCCGCCCGCAACGCCUAGUCGCGAUCGCCGAACGCUACGGCCUCGACGGCGACAGCGUCCUUGACAACGUCGCGUUUGCCCGUGCGUACAAUUCGGAGCACCAGAUGCAACUCCUUUCGCAAGCAUCCGCGAUGAUGGCAGAAUCGCGAUACGCACUCGUGGUCGUUGAUAGUGCCACUGCACUCUUCCGCACCGACUAUUCGGGACGGGGCGAGCUGGCUGCUCGUCAGCAAGAAUUGGCCAAGUUUCUUCGCGCCCUCACACGUAUGGCAGACGAGUUUGGUGUCGCUGUCGUCAUCACCAACCAGAUGACAGCGAACCCGGACUCGGGCAUGUUUUCGAAGGAUCCGCUGCAGCCGAUUGGCGGCAACAUCAUGGCGCACGCCUCGUGCACGCGGCUGCGUCUCAAGAAGGCUCGUGGCGAAAACCGUGUCAUGAAGGUAAUCGACUCGCCGAUCCUCCCCGAGGCCGAAGCCAUGUACUCGAUCACGGAACAAGGGAUUCAGGACGAGCAAAACUAA